CUGGCCUAAACCAAAAGGCAAAAAGAAUUUUGAUGCAAGUGCUGACUGUCUGAAAAUGUCUUUGGAUACGCUGGCGGACUCGACGGGAAGUGACGUCACCAGCCUGAAUUUUGAGGAUACGGAAUUGACCUUAGGAUUGCCUGGUUGUGAGAGUCGCUUGCCGUCGGUUAGAGUAACCAAGUCCUGUUCUAAAAGAGGCUUCACCGAGACCGUUGAUCUCAACUCUCGUUCCGAUUGCCACCGUGCCGGAAAACCACCAGCAGCCAAGGCACAAGUCGUUGGUUGGCCUCCAGUUAGAUCAUGGAGGCAGAAGGCGGUGGCAGCCGGGGGCUGUAAGUACGUGAAGGUGGCUGUAGACGGUGCACCGUAUCUCCGGAAAGUAAACCUGGAGGAAUACGCCAGCUAUAAGGAGUUAUUGGAGGCUUUGGAGAAAAUGUUCUCAUGGUUCACCAUAAAUUGGAAUUACAAAGAGGAAAGCAAGGUGAAGGGGAUGGAGUAUGUGCCAACUUAUGAAGAUAAAGACAGUGACUGGAUGAUGGUUGGAGAUGUUCCUUGGAAGAUGUUCAUGGAAUCUUGCAAGCGAAUUCGCCUGAUGAAAAGCUCAGAGGCUGCAGUCUUAGGUGAAAAUGCUCAAAAACAAAAUUUUGAGAUGAAAGUACCAAGUGAUGAUGAUCCAGAGAGCUUGAAUGUACAGGAAAACGGAUCCAGGUCUUAGUUCUCUAGUUGAGGGAUGAAGAGUUUAAUUAUGAGGGAAAUAAGAGCAAUAAUGUUCAGUAGAUCUACAGAGCUUAAUAUAAUUAGCUUUGUAAUUAUGUUAGUGUUAUGGGAUGUGUUCAGUAAUAUGUAACGAAAUUCUCUGGUUCAGUGACAAUAUUUUAAUUUA